CACUGGCAUCCUGAAGCAAACAGGAAGGACCAAAAAAAUGCUUUCAAAGGUAGUUUUCCUUGCCAAGGCAAUCGUUUUAGCUAUUCUCUUCCUCAUUGCAAAGCUAGCUGUCACUUUUGGCAUCUUGGWUAACUUUUGGGAGAGUUUGUUUAACCGAUUUGAUAGCAUACGACAUGCAAAAAUGAAAAAACGCAACUACUGGGACACUCUCUUUGGAUAUCAAAUGUACUACAGUACUGUAUACACGUUGUAUGUUGACAUACAGAAAGAAGCACGACUAGGGCAACAGGCACCCAAUUCAAUGAUAGUCACUAUGAAAGGCGUUACCUGUAAGUUACUAGAUUGCCAUAAUCAUGAACGCCCUCUCGUGGUGGUUUUUGGGUCGUGUACUUGUCCUCCGUUCGUAGCCUCCUUACUCAAACUAGUYGAAGUUGAGAAAAAAUUUGGAUGCAUGGCGGAUUUUGUUCUUGUUUAUAUCGAGGAGGCGCAUGCCGAGGAUGGGUGGAAAUUUAAGGAGAACUACAAGGUAUUGCAGCACAAGACUUUGCACGACCGCAUUGAAGCUGCCAAGAUUCUAAAGUGCUACAUACCUAAGACUAUGGCUAUUUACGUGGAUUCGAUGUCCAACACAGCAAAUCUCGCUUAUGGAGCGCAGCCUGAGCGACUCUACAUCAUCGAUAAGGAGAAGGUGGUCUACGAAGGAGGGAUAGGACCGUUUUAUUACGAUGUCGAUGAGGUAAAAGACUGGCUAAACGCUUAUCAGUGUCAACAAGAGCAAUCCACUCAACAAAAUCACGUGAUGUGCUACCAAUCACAAAUCCUCUGAGUUCUAUAUCCUGAUGAAUGUAGUUAGGCUAUGAUAACACAAGAACUGAUCUUUUUCAAAAGGAUAUCGGACAAGUUCUGAAUCUUUCGUUGUAUUGGUUGGUUUGGCUAUAUAAGUGUGAGGUAUACUAAAUAAAGCCACGCCCACCGAUGAACGUAUACAACCAACAUAUUAUUAUAUCAUUUAGCUGCCUGAUGUUGUCCUUGUGGUAAAAACUACUGCUUAUCUGUAUUCUAACGAUACAUUGAGCUCAAUAAAACUGAAGUYACCCAUCUACAACGACACAACGAAUCUUUCUACUUUUAUGAGUUUUUCUUGAUUAGUGGAUGGAUAUGGUUGUCGCGUAUAAAAUAUUUAAUGUGACAACUAUUGAUUGUUGAUAAUGAUAAUUGAUUGCAUUGUGAAAUUGUACAAAAAUUAAAUAAAACUUCACGACUUCAAUGUGUUCAGUCUACUACUUGUGAAUUA